GAGUAUUUCUAGCAAGUCCGCUGUGCAGAGCAGCAGUUUUUGUUCUAACAUUUGCCUGUGCCUCAUAGUUGUAUAGUUUAUAUUCGUGCAUUUUCACAUUAACUCAGUCUAAUGGCCCAUUACGAAGAAGUACACGUGCGUGGAUAUGAUGAAUUCUCUCAGGCUGUGUCUGAAAGAAAAGGAAAGGACAUUUUUGCCUAUUUCUCUGGUGAUAAAGACGCCCAAGGAAAGAGCUGGUGUCCAGACUGUGUGAAAGCUGAGCCAGUGGUGAGAGGAGAGAUGACUCAUCUUCCUGAGGGCUCGGUCUUCAUCUACUGUCAAGUUGGAGAGAGGGCCUAUUGGAAGGAUCAGAAUAAUGACUUCAAGAAGACACUGAAGUUGAGUGGAGUUCCCACUCUGCUGCGAUACGGCACACCUCAGAAGCUGGUGGAGGAGGAAUGCUUCAAAGCAGACCUGGUGAAGAUGAUGUUCACUGAGGACUGAGGGAUCCUGCGCUGUUCACAUCCGACACGGGCAUUCAGGAUUUCUUCACCAUUAAUCAGUAAAGUUUACCACCAUUCAGUUUCAGCACUAUUGAUAAUCUUGCACAUGGCACACUGUGAUUUGCUCAAAAUCAGCAACUGUGUAAGUUUACAACCAAAAUAUCUUUGUAAUAUUCAGCUGUUCAGCUAAAUCCAAACUGGAAUAUCUGCACAGACAAACAGGUAGAGUGGAUGAAACUCACACUACUAUAUGCUUUUUUUUUGUUCUGCUUUUUGUGCAAACAUUCACUCCUGUUCUGUAGCUUGAGUGUGAUGCAUUUCUUUAAAUGCAAUGUUCCUCUGACACACUAGUUGAUUACGAAAAUAUCUUCUUUUUUUCUAUUGUGUCCAUUUUUCAUGUGAUUUUUGUUGCUUUGUCGGUCUCAAAUAAAGUGGCAC